GCGGCAGCCGCCGGAGGAGUCAGGCGCUGGUUCUGCCUCUCCGCCCGGAGGAGGAGGAAGAAGAAGAAGAGGCUUCGGCUGCCGCCUCUCCGAUCCUGCCCCCCCUCCCCUCCCCUUUCCCCUUCCCCCUUCCACCCCACACCUUUAUGGACGAGCGCCGGAGCUUGCUCUACUCUCCAGCUGCGUCCUCCACCAGCCGGCAUCCUCGGGGAGGCUCAACCGGCAGCCACCACAACCUGGGCUACGCCGAGCAGCUGCCCCCCGCCGCCUCCCAGGCGGUCCCCGACCAAGAAGAGGAAGAAGGUGAAGAAGGGGAGGAAGGCAGCAUGACGGUGGUGGGGGGCGGAGGCGGCGGAGACCCUUUGCUAGAAGAACCACAGCAUCCUCAGCCCGCGCUCGGGGGGGACCGCUACGACCAGCCCCCAACUCCGGCCGCGGUCCCUGCCGGCCAGGCGGCGGAGGGCGGGGAGCACGAAUGCUGCGAGCGGGUGGUGAUCAACAUCUCGGGCUUGAGGUUCGAGACCCAGCUGAAGACCUUGGCGCAGUUCCCCGAGACGCUGCUGGGGGACCCCCGUAAGCGGAUGCGCUACUUCGACCCCCUCCGCAACGAGUACUUCUUCGACCGCAACCGGCCCAGCUUCGACGCCAUCCUCUACUACUACCAGUCGGGGGGGCGCAUCCGGAGACCUGUCAACGUCCCCAUCGACAUCUUCUCCGAGGAGAUCCGCUUCUACCAGCUGGGGGAGGAGGCCAUGGAGAAGUUUCGGGAGGAUGAGGGCUUCAUCCGGGAGGAGCAGCGGCCGCUUCCCGACAAGGAGUUUCAGCGCCAAGUGUGGCUCCUCUUUGAGUACCCGGAGAGCUCCGGGCCGGCCCGAGGCAUUGCCAUCGUCUCUGUGCUGGUCAUCCUCAUCUCUAUUGUCAUCUUCUGUCUGGAGACCCUGCCUGAAUUCAGGGAGGAUCAUGACUAUGAGGGAACCGGAGGGCCCUUUGGGACGGGUGCUGGUGCUGGUGCUGGUGGCCCUCUCCCGCCUGACGUCUUCACCAACUCUUCAUCCUCGGCUGCUUCCGUGGUGUCGUCCUUCACCGACCCUUUCUUCGUGGUGGAGACUUUGUGCAUCAUCUGGUUCUCCUUCGAGCUGUUGGUUCGCUUCUUUGCCUGCCCCAGCAAGGCCACCUUCUCCAAGAACAUCAUGAACAUCAUUGACAUUGUGGCCAUCAUCCCCUACUUCAUCACGCUGGGCACGGAGCUGGCCGAGAGGCAAGGCAACGGCCAGCAAGCCAUGUCCUUGGCCAUCCUCCGAGUCAUCCGCCUGGUCAGGGUCUUCCGCAUCUUCAAGCUCUCCCGGCACUCCAAGGGGCUGCAGAUCCUGGGCCAGACCCUCAAGGCCAGCAUGCGGGAGCUGGGCCUGCUCAUCUUCUUCCUCUUCAUCGGCGUCAUCCUCUUCUCCAGCGCCGUCUACUUCGCGGAAGCUGACGACCCCAGCUCGGGCUUCAGCAGCAUCCCCGACGCCUUCUGGUGGGCCGUGGUGACCAUGACCACGGUGGGCUACGGGGACAUGCACCCCAUCACCAUCGGGGGCAAGAUCGUGGGCUCCCUCUGCGCCAUCGCGGGGGUGCUGACCAUCGCCCUGCCCGUGCCUGUCAUCGUCUCCAACUUCAACUACUUCUACCACCGGGAGACGGAAGGUGAGGAGCAGGCUCAGUACCUGCACGUCGGCAGCUGCCAGCACCUCUCCUCCAGCGAGGAGAUGAGGAAGGCUCGCAGCAAUUCCACCCUCAGCAAGUCCGAGUACAUGGUGAUCGAGGAAGGGGGCAUCAACCACAGUGCAUUCAAACAGGCUGCCUUUAAGGCGGGCAACUGCACCAGCACGAACAAUCCCAACUGCGUGAACAUCAAAAAGGUCUUCACGGACGUUUGAAAAGGCACACCCAGGCCAAACCCAACCCAGCCCUGGGGCUGUGGUGGGAAAAGCGAACAAACAACCAAACAAAGAACCGACAACGACCACCAACGACCACCAGAACUGAUGCCAAGUGAUUGUGUGCUCGGUGUUGCUGUGGACCAUGCACUGCACCAUCGUCGGUCUCUGUGUCUGUGCCCUCCUUUGGAUACCUUUAUUUUUUUACAUCUUUCCUUUCUAAAGAUCCAAAAAGAAACCUCACCAAAAAAAAGCCAACCCCCACCCCCGGCCAAAACAACCCCCCCCCAAAACCAAACCAAACAGCAAGAAAAAAAGAGAAGGAUUAAAAAUUGUCAGCAGCAGAGGACAGCUGAAGGGUAAAGAGAAGGAAGAGGAAGACAAAAAGGCACUGACGGCCAAACAGAUAGCAGAAGAAGCUGCAAGCUUCAGACCUUCAGAGACGAAGCUCCUGCGAGGAAAUGGCAAAGACCUUGGACCCCCCAACUGCUGGAGCUGCCCAGCCAGGGGUCUGCCCUCCCUCCCCCUCCCCA